AUGUAUUUCGGUCGUAUCAAAAACAUUGGCAGGCUCACAGAAGGUCUUUUGAAGAUGCCCUGGAGACUGCUACUUAUGGAAGUGACUCUAACAAGUUUGCCUCAACUUAUAAGACCCGAUGUCACAUUCGCCCUAGCGUCAAACCUCCUACGAUUAGAGUCAAGUCUGACCAGGAUGAUAAUUGAAUGCAAAUAUUUAGCGUUCAGGAAUCAAUCUGACAUUGUAUUCGAUUCUGGUACAAAGACAAAUAAGCAUUCUCCAUUCAGUUUACAACAAAUACAGUUUAGAGGAAGUCUGGCAAAAUAUCAGGACAAUCUGUUCAAAACUGCUGACAAAUACGUGUCAGAUGUUGUCAGAAAUAUUAAUUCUGAGACCGUUGAAACUGGACAGGCCGCAAUGAGGAUGCCAACAUUCCGUAAAUAUAGUAAAACUAUUUGUGAAGAAGGUCCAUGUGCUAAUUACAUGAUCAUUGACAAUGUGACAGUCCACGGUCUAGAUUCAUUGUAUUCCUCACACACUGGGGGACCUUUCAAGUUACAGACGACGAAAAUAGCUGAAUCUUUACGUUUUAAUUCCUUAACGAUAAGAGGUACUCUACGCCAUGAGAAUAACACAGUAGUAGCUGAAUACGAUUUCGUUGCAGAGAUACAAGACUUACCUGUUAAUUUUGAAAUUAAUGCCGACAAAACGGACCCUACUUUUGAGGUUUUGAAAUGGAGGUCUAUAAGUUUCUCGAUAAUUCAAUUGGAACACUAUUUAAGAGAUCCGAGAGCUGCUUCGGCUUACGUACAAGGAUAUCUUGCUAAUGAAUUGCCAAUACUUUUGAAGAAUCAUUUGGAUGAGAUGUAUAAAAAUAGUCAACAUAGUAAAGUGACGGGACUCACUGAAGAACCUGUAUGUAUUACAGAAAAAAAAGAUUCAAGUUCUUAG